UGAAAACAGUCGUCAGUUUAUCGCAAACACUUCAUGGAACUUUUUAACUUAAAUAAACACAUUCUAUUAUAAAUUUAUUCACAUAUUUACAUCGCUUAAGGUUUCAAUAAUGCUCAUUACUGAAUUGUCAUUCCCAACAAUGUAGAGAACACAUGUAAACACCUUGUUUAUUCGUAAAGAAACUGCGGGUUAGGUCGGAUCGUGUCGUCCACACUGUGCCACAUAGACCGGUGGUAGUUUUGACAAUCUCAACAAAAUCUGGAGAUAACCUGUCGUUUUCGUUUGUUGAAUGAGUGAUAAAUGUCAUAUCGAGGGACAAAUUAGAUUAAAAUUUUUCGCUGUUGUUGAUCUAUGGCAGCUAUUGAUAAAGUCAAGAUUAUCGUCGUUGGAGACUCAGGGGUGGGAAAAACCUCCCUCACGCAUCUAAUAUGUGAGCAACAAACCAUAAACAAUCCAUCCUGGACGGUUGGUUGCUCUGUCGAAGUGAAAUUACACGAAUUCAAGGAAGGAACGCCCAAUCAAAAGAGAUAUUUCAUUGAACUGUGGGACAUUGGGGGCAGCCAAAGCCACAAAAAUACUAGACAUGUUUUUUACAAUCCCACAAACGGAAUUAUUCUGGUGCACGACUUGUCGAACAGAAAGUCCCAGCAAAAUCUGCAGAAGUGGCUGGAGGAGGUCCUGAGUAGGGAUGGAAACAGUGGGAGGUCUAGGUCCUUCGAUGAUUUCGAUCCAGAAAAGUUUGUGGGUUCAACACAAAUUCCUAUUUUGGUUGUUGGAACGAAACUGGACUUGGUACCAUCGAGAUCUAGUUUACACAGGCGUUCGUCGACGAUUGCUGAGGAGUGUGGAGCUGAUGAGAUUUUUUUGGAUUGCAGUCAAGUGCGCUCCCUCGCUGCAGGCACGACAUCCUCAGUAAAACUCAGCAGAUUCUUCGACAAAGUGAUCGAGAGGCGUUAUUACGCCAAUCGCGAGGGCAUAAGUCCGGACAAGAGAAGACAGCCGGUUUAUGCCUCGUCAUACAGCCCCAAACUCUACCACAAAGACUAAAGUUCCCCGGGAACUGGACUAAGAAGAAGGACAAUGAUGUGAUAUACCAAGGCCUUAUCUGUUCACUGGGCCUCCGAGCACCGUUGCAUUAUCACUCACCAUUGAGAUGAUCAUUUCAUGGAUAAAACAUUCCUCUUAUUGAA